AUGAUUACCCUAUUCACUAUUUUCCUAUUUGUCAUCUCAAUCUUCCUUCUCCUUACAAGGAGAGGAAGAUCAAGAAGAAAGCUUCUUCCUCCAGGCUCACUGGGAAUACCAAUAAUAGGACAAAGCCUUGGUUUUCUAAGAGCUAUGCGUGACAACACAGCCGAAAAAUGGCUGGAAAAAAGAAUCAAAAAGUAUGGUCCAAUUUCAAAGCUAAGCCUUUUUGGUAAACCAACAGUUUUCCUUCAUGGACAUGCUGCAAACAAGUUCAUCUUUACCAGCGAUGGCAGCGCCAUUGCGAACCAGCAAACUAAGUCCAUCCAGAUGAUUAUCGGCGAUCAGACUUUAUUAGCGCUAGGCGGCGAUGAUCACAGGCGAGUCAGAAAUGCGCUUACGUUGUUCUUAAAGCCAGAGUCACUAAAGCAGUAUGUGGGAAAAAUGGAAGAAGAAAUUAGGAUGCACCUUGAGAUGUAUUGGCUUGGGAAGAAACAAGUAACAGUCUUGCCCCUGAUGAAGAUCCUCACUUUCAACAUAAUGUGUUCUCUUCUUUUCGGGCUCGAGCGAGGAAUUCGCAGUGAAAUUCUUGUGGAAGGUUUUCAACAAAUGAUUGAUGGAAUAUGGUCAGUUCCAGUUAAUUUGCCUUUCACCCGCUAUAGCCGCAGCCUCAAGGCGAGCAAGAGGAUCCAAACCAUGGUGAAGCAACUUAUUCAUGAAAAGAGAGUGGAACUAAAGGAAAAAUGUGCUUCUGAUCCACACCAAGACCUUAUAACUUGCUUGCUUAGCCUCCAAAAUGAAGACGGAGAAGAAGAAUUAAGUGAGAAGGAGAUUAUGCAAAAUGUUAUGCUAGUUAUGAUUGCAGGAUAUGACACUUCAUCUGUUCUUAUUACUUUCAUUAUCCGGUUUCUAGCUAAUGAGCCUUCCAUUUAUGCAGCUGUUCUUCAAGAACAAGAAGAGAUUGCUAGAAGCAAGAAAUCGGGCGAGUUUCUGACGUGGGAAGACCUUGCCAAGAUGAAGUACACGUGGAGAGUUGCAAUGGAGACUCUGAGGAUAGUUCCUCCUGUCUUUGGUAGCUUCAGGAAAACUCUAAAAGACAUUGAGUAUGGUGGAUACCUCAUCCCUAAAGGGUGGCAACUAUUCUGGGCUUCAUCAAUGACACAAAUGGACAAUAGCAUCUACUCAGAACCAACAAAGUUUGAUCCCAACAGAUUUGAGAACAAAUCAUCAGUUCCGCCGUAUUGUUUCGUCGCAUUCGGAGGAGGAACACGCAUGUGUCCAGGAAAUGAAUUUGCAAGGAUUGAAACUCUCAUCACAAUCCAUUAUUUGGUCACGCGGUUCACAUGGAAACUAUGUGCUGACAACUCUUUUAGCAGAGACCCCACGCCAGUACCAGCUCAAGGAUUACCAGUUCAAAUCGUGCAAACGAGACCGCUGUGA